GUCAUGGUUGACAUGGAAGUGAAAUCCAUUGCCCCAUCAUCCAUGGACAAAUGAGGGAAGCGAACUCGGCCGCAAAAUCAUAGCAGCCUGCCGACACGAACAUUGAAACGCCAUACCCAAGAUUAACGACAAGCAAUUACCCACAAUGGCCCGUGAAAGCCGGCCGCCCGACGCGACACCGACACGGCGGGCAUCGAGCGCGGAGCCAUUGCCCUCGAUCGGCCGGCGCUCGAUGCUCCGAACACCGGGGAGCCAGGCUCGCGGCCCGCCACGGCCCCAGGGCCUCUCAGCAUCUGGGCGGAAGGUAGCGCCCCCGACACCGCACGCGCGCGCCGCCUUCCGGACCAUCGACUCGCGGCGGGCCGCCAUCUUCACGCCGCACCGCGCCCGGCGCAAGAGCGUGCGCGAGGUGCGCGACUCGCCCCGGGACUUCUUGCUGUCGCUCGGGCGGGUGCUGGCGCGGAGCACAGAGGUCAUCACGACGUCCUCGUCGCCGUCCGACGAGGACAAGGGGCCCGGCUCGGACGGCGCGGGCAAUGACACGACGCUGGGGUCGAUCAGUGUAGACUACGACGACGAUGACGAGGAGCUUCCGAAGCGGCCGCGGCUCUCGCUCCCUAUUGGCGACGAGGACGACGACGACAGCGACGAUAUCCAGCCCCAUCGGUCGGUGGUGUUUGAUGAUGAUAACAACUUCACGCUCCAAUCGAUUGAGAUGCCGCGGCGGGCCAUUAGCGAGCAGCCUGGGGGACGGUUCUCGAUGGGCAGUACACGGAUGAGUGAUUACUUCAACAACAUGAAUGAUAUGCUGCAUAGCGAGGAUAUUGGAGUCGACUCGGGGUUCUUUCCGCCAACGGCCGUGUUGGAUGAGGGUGGUAUCACGAUGGGGUUGGACGAGCUCCCAUCCCCCGAACGACUGGAUUCAGACGACCGGCGUGACUUUGGCCGCGAAAGUGAUUUCGGCAUUGAGAUACCGGUUGGAGAGAUCAACGAGAGCACCUUCAUGAUUGCGCCCCAGGUCGAAGAGUCACCUGACCGACCAGUAGCUGACGAUGAUCAACCGAUGUACGACGACUAUGCGCCUCUCGUUGACCAACGAAGUGACGAUUUUGACGACGAAGACCUGUUGGGAGAAGUCCCGGCCUUGGAAGACGAGCCUACGGAAGGCCGGACCGCGGCGCUACAGGAUGAGACAGGAUUUGAAACUGCAACUAUCACGAGGGCGGAGGCGCGUGGAUCGAUGAAGAGGACUAUCAAAGUAUCGAAAUAUGGCAUCGAGUAUCCUUCUCUGCCACCAACAGUUGUAAAACGGCUCGCCCAAAACUUCGCAAAGGCCGGCGGAAUCAAGGGGAAGAUCACGCCAGAUGCCAUGAAGUCCAUCAUGCAAGCUUCGGAUUGGUUUUUCGAACAGAUGGGCGAGGACCUACAAGCAUACGCAAAACACGCCGGCCGCAAGACUAUUGAUGAGAGCGAUGUCCUCACCCUGAUGAAGAGGCAGCGUCAGAUCAAUCCAAAUACUACACCAUUCGCACUUGCACAGCGUCACCUCCCUAGGGAGCUGCUGCAAGAGUUGCGUAUGCCACCGCCCGUCAUCCCUAAGAAGCGGCGUAAGGCUCAGGGCGGAACAGAUGACGACGUCACCUGAAGCUCGGACGAGCUGUGGAAUAGUCAUUACCAUUUCGUCUGAUGGCGGACACGCCGCGUUAUGUCGGUUGCCGGCUUCUUGACCACCAUGUAAAACAUGAUUGAAGUGGCCACCGCGAGACCAUACCUACAUCAGUUAGUCGGUUGUCGUGAGGCAGAGGAGCGCGGAGCCGCGGCACCAUGGGAAUAGAGGUCCCGCGGGUGCGCAAGACUUACCACGUGAAGAUAUACUGUGCGUGGUUGUUGCGGAGGUUCACCUCGGCCGGCCUGCCGAUGGGAACGCCCUGGGCAUGGUAAUCUAGGAACUGAAAGUAAUCCGGUUCUAACCGCAACGUCAGUAUCCGUAUCAAACAGUAGCCAUAGCAAAUGAACAAGACCGGACAACCCACCCAUUGUCUGCUCAACCCAAACA